AUGUUUCUACAAUCGACCUUCUCGAAUACCAUCCACCUGCGCGACUUCGUCGACGCCGUCACAGACGACCCGAGUCGGGAAAACGCACCCAACUACGUGGAAAUACAGACCGAUGCCAACAUCUUCGAGGAAAGUGGCUUUUAUAGUUCUAACGUCAACGUCGAGCCUAUUCGUACCCGCAUCCAUACUUAUCUCACACGAGAAGACCGGGAGCUCUACGUGCCAAACGCCUUCUUCUACUACCUUCCGAGACCGGCCUCCGUCCCCACGGCCACGCCGACGCCAUCCUCUACUCCGACUUCAAAGCGGUCCGCCCGCUGGGAGGGUCGUGCCACUCCGUUCACCCCUUCUAAAAGACGACGAGGCUCUGACAGCGCCUACCUUGCAGAGUCUUCCUACAAGAACCAGCUUCCCCAAUCCACAGAAGGCCGAUCUCAUGUAUCGCUUUCAGAAGAUAGCCCAGAUUCUCCGGCUAAUUCCCCCUCCAAUUCCCCCUCUCCAUCGACCAUGGUCAACACUGGCGAGACCAGUAUCACUUUACAUCCUUUCCCAAGCUCAGACCGCGAGACUAGGCCGCAUCGCAAUCGUCAUCCCCCAAAGAAGUAUCCUCAUAAAGAGUAA